UAAGUUCGAAAUAUUGACUUGAAGUGAAAGCUAGUUCGACGACUAUGAGUGCCGGUGCGAUAUAUACAUCCGAGAAGCGCGGAAGCGACGAUUCUGGAGACGGUAGCCAGAGCAAGCCCUUCAAAACGGUUCUCCAUGCAAUGCGGCUGACGGGCUCUGAGCCGUACGAAACCAUAUAUGUGGACAGCACGGAGCCGUCCAAAGUUUUUGAGCCCGCUGCCAAGUCUCAGCUGAAAAAGGUCCAGAAAGUGCUGCAACGCGAUGGCCUGAAGAACGUCGAAAAGGAGCUCCGCGAGGCAGAGGACUCGGAGAAGCGCCAACAGAAUUUGGAGGAGGCGCGCAAAAUUAGGAUUAAAGAGAAUGCCAGCUUACCAUUGGCCAGACAAAUAAAGAUCGCUAAAGGAACGGAUGCCCGUGGAGCACGCGUCAAAAUCUAUGGCUGGGUGCACCGACUGCGGAGGCAGGGCAAGGCGCUGAUCUUCCUCACCCUAAGAGAUGGCACUGGAUUCCUGCAAUGUGUACUUACUGAUUCGCUGUGCCAGACUUACGACGCCCUGGUUUUGAGCACCGAGAGUUCUGUGGUGCUCUAUGGCGUACUCUACAAGGUGCCUGCGGGGAAGAUCGCACCCGGUGACCAUGAGCUACGCGUGGACUACUGGGAGCUGAUUGGUCUGGCUCCCGCAGGUGGGGCCGAUGCCAUUCUCAACGAGGAAGCUCUGCCCGACGUGCAGCUGGACAACAGGCACAUAAUGAUUCGGGGCGAAAACACCUCCAAGGUGCUCAAGAUGCGCUCUAUCGUGAUGCAGGCCUUUCGCGACCAUUUCUUUGAGCGAGGCUACAACGAGGUAACGCCCCCAACCCUGGUUCAGACACAGGUAGAGGGCGGCUCCACUCUCUUCAAAAUGCAGUUCUUCGGCGAGGAGGCCUUUCUCACCCAGAGCUCGCAGCUGUACUUGGAGACUUGCCUGCCCGCUCUGGGCGAUGUCUUCACCAUUGCACAGAGCUAUCGGGCAGAGCAGAGUCGCACACGCCGCCACCUGGCGGAGUACACACACGUGGAGGCAGAGUGUCCAUUCAUAAGCUACGACGAUCUGUUGGAUCGCCUCGAGGACUUGGUCUGCGACGUUGUGGAUCGUGUGCUGAAGUCGCCAUUUGGCCACCUGGUGAUGGAGCUGAACCCUGACUUCAAGGCACCGAAGAAGCCGUUCCGUCGCAUGGACUACGCGGCCGCCAUCGAUUGGCUGAAGAAUAACAACAUUACCAAGGAUGAUGGCACCUUCUACGAGUUUGGCGAGGACAUACCCGAGGCUCCCGAGCGCAAGAUGACCGACACCAUCAACGAGCCCAUUUUACUCUGCCGCUUCCCCGUGGCCAUCAAAUCGUUUUACAUGUCCCGCUGUCCAGAGGACCAGCGGCUGACUGAGAGUGUGGAUGUUCUGCUGCCCAACGUUGGCGAGAUUAUCGGAGGCUCGAUGAGGAUUUGGGACAGCGAAGAAUUGUUGAAGGGCUAUGAGCGUGAGGGUAUCGAUCCCACACCCUACUACUGGUACACCGAUCAAAGGGUCUAUGGAACAAUGCCUCAUGGUGGUUAUGGUCUUGGCCUGGAGCGCUUCCUUUGCUGGUUGCUUAACCGAUAUCACAUUCGUGAGGUUUGUCUUUAUCCACGCUUCCUCGGCAGAUGCAGGCCCUAACUGCAUUUCAAUGAACAA